AUGACCGAACUAGCCAAUUAUAAAAGGCUCGAAAAAGUCGGUGAAGGUACCUAUGGUGUAGUUUACAAGGCUCUGGAUUUGCGACACGGCCAGAGAGUGGUUGCAUUGAAGAAGAUCAGGCUUGAAAGUGAAGAUGAAGGUGUUCCCAGCACUGCCAUUCGUGAAAUCUCGCUUUUGAAAGAGCUUAAAGAUGAUAAUAUUGUUCGUUUGUAUGAUAUCGUGCACUCGGACGCUCACAAACUGUACUUGGUGUUCGAAUUUUUGGAUCUCGACUUGAAACGAUACAUGGAGUCUAUCCCAAAGGAGCAACCAUUGGGCGACAACAUCAUCAAAAAGUUCAUGAUGCAGUUGUGCAAGGGUAUCGCUUACUGUCACUCCCAUCGUAUUUUACACCGCGACUUGAAGCCUCAGAAUUUGUUGAUCAACCGCGAUGGAAACAUGAAGCUGGCUGACUUUGGGCUGGCUCGCGCUUUCGGCGUUCCCUUGAGAGCCUACACGCACGAGAUUGUGACCCUAUGGUACCGUGCGCCAGAAGUGCUUUUGGGAGGCAAACAGUACUCCACGGGGGUGGACAUUUGGUCGAUUGGGUGCAUUUUUGCUGAGAUGUGCAACCGAAAGCCCAUUUUCAGCGGCGACAGUGAGAUAGAUCAGAUUUUCAAGAUAUUCCGUACCCUGGGAACCCCGAGCGAAACGGUUUGGCCUGACAUCGUGUACUUGCCCGACUUUAAGCCCAAAUUUCCAAAAUGGCACCCCAAGGAUCUGGCGCAAGUGGUGCCGUCACUAGACGCACAAGGCAUUGAUCUUUUACAAAGUCUUCUUACCUACGAUCCUAUUAACCGAAUGAGUGCCAAAAGAGCUGUUAUGCAUCCAUAUUUCCAAGCACAGCCGGGAGAAUAA